UUUGUUUUUGGUUUUCCAGCCGGGCCCAGCCCCUUUUCUCUCCAAUUUACGCUCACUAUGGCUGCCAGCAGAGUCAAAGUUUUGGAACUCUAUAAAAAUUUACUGCGAGAAGGACAGAAAUUUGCUGACUACAACUUCAGAAAUUACGCUGUCAGAAGAAUGAGGGAUGCAUUUAAAGAAAACAAGACCCUCGCCGAUGGAGCGUCAAUAGAGAAGGAACUUAAAUUUGGAUUCCAGCAAUUAGAAUUAAUUAAAAGACAGGCGCUGAUCAGCCAGAUGUUCAAGACUGAGAAGUUAGUGAUUGAAAAGCCACUCUAAACAAUCUAUUAUGCUAUAGUUCAAGUGUACGAAUAUAAUUAUUGUAUAUUGCAUUUCAAUAAAAGCGGCACAGACAGACACGAAGUAGAGUUACAGAUCAAAAUAAUAGAGAUUUCUUUC